CAUUGCAGCGACUGGUAUGGAGGGCCAUGUGUUGCCUCAGUAACCAUCGCUUGAUUGAUGUCGCCCACCGUCGUUUGUUGCUUUGAAAUUAGUUUCACCACUCAACUCAGGUGCUAGAUUUUCGAAAACCGUCCUUCUAAUCGAGAUGAUGCCCGUGGCUGGAAACAUACAAAGUGCGAGGAAGAACUGCCUUAGUCAAAAUUAUCCUUUUCGGAAGGACGAUGAUGAGCUGGAGGAUGAGGAAUGUGAACUUCCUCCAACGGAGUACGAGGAUAACUUUGCUUUUCGGAGGUUCGAAAAUAAACCGACGCUGAGGCGUGACUUUUUGCGUGAGCAAUUUAGAAAGAAAGCUACGCAGACCGUAAUUAAACAGGCCCAGCAACAGUAUGAAACGAUUCAUCGGCAGGAAGUUGAGCGGAUGCCGCUUAAGAAGAGACCAGACUAUUACCUGUCGAAAGACACCAACAGCGAACCUCAGUACAAUUUGUACAAAACUGAUGAUAUGACAACAUUCUGGAGCUAUCGGUCGAGAUCCAACGCUUCUAGGAGGAGAAAUUCCAAUUUCACAAAACCAAUCAGCGAACAGUUGGAUCAGCAGUUUGGAUAAUUAAAUGCACCAACUCAAAAUGAUUCUAUGUUUUGCAAGCGAUUUAUAUUUAGAUCACAAUUAUUAUUCUAAAUAAAGCAUCAACACUGUUUGCCAUCAUUAAUAUCACCGUGUAAGUUCUGUGACGCUUUUGUACUUAAGCCUUCUCGUCGGUCGCGGUUGUUGCUCCGGAGACGGUUGAUUGAUUAUCAUCGCUGUUUGAUGCCGCUGGUGCAUCCGUGCAGGACAACGCUGGGAACUUCUGGGUCAAAGCAGCGCGGUAUUUCGGAUGGCUGAUACCGUACACAAUCGGAUUGUAGACGGCGUUGGCCUUGGCGAAAAGUGAUCCCCAGAUGGUGGCAAGUGGGCUAAUCGGGGCUGCCUUGAAGAUACCGGUAAAGUUGAUGACCAGGUACGGAGUCCACGCCAUGAACCACAAUGAGAUGGUUACCAGAGCGACCUUUGCCAGCUUGAUUUCAGCGCUGGUCUGCUGUGCCUCGGAGGAUCGCAGCGAAGCGACAUUCAUCUUCUUGGCCUGUUCACGCAUGUUCUUCUCGUGAGCGGAGACUGCCUUCAGGAUGAAGGUGUACGAGUAGAUGAUGGUUAACAGGGGAGUCCAGUAGACGAAAAUGGCGUAAACGAUGAUGUAGGAUCGAUUCAGCCAAGUGGUAGUCAGGUAAUCGGUACCACAGGCAGUCAUGUUACCCUCUGGGACAUAACGGUUCCAUCC